AUGUUGGCGGAUAUUACGAAGGUCUUUGUAUCAGUAAGAUUUGUACAGUAUCUGUUGAUCUAUUUAUCUCCAAAUACUCAGUUUGAUACUUCCACUGAAUUGUUAUUGAAAGAACUAGGGGUUUCUAAUGAUUCUCUCAAUGAAUUUUGGAAUAUCAAUCUUUGGAAUAAAUUAUUAUCUUGGGACUCUGUAUUUUUUUUGAAAAGAAUUGUAUCUCAACAAGGUACUACAAUUCAAUAUGAACACGAACGUGCAUUCUCUAUAAUCUGGUGUGAAUUGAUACGCUAUUUCACUUCUUAUUCGAUUGAUCUGUACUAUUCCCUUAAAAUUGCUGUUGUUAUCGAAAAUUUAUUGUUUUAUAUCUCAACAAUUGUUCUAUAUUAUUUAACAGUAAUCACUUUCAAUAACAACAAUGUGUCGUCAAAUAAUUUAUCACACAAGAUAGCAAGGAAAACUUCACUUUUAUUCAUUAUAAGUGGCUUCUCCGGUUAUGUGACAGGGAUCUAUUCUGAACCACUGUCAUUCUGUUUAACGUUUAUUGGUAUGUUUGCACGUCAGUAUAGUAUCAGUAUAAUCACUUCAAAUGAUAUGGACAUCAAUUGGUGCAAAUGGCCACUAUAUUCCAUAGUUUCUACAAUGUGUUUCACUUUGGCCACUGUCAAUAGAUCCAAUUGCAUAUUAUUAGGUCUUUUUUAUAUAUUUGAUCUAAUAAAAUUGGUGUCGGUUAAAAAAUAUCAAAGGGCAAUUUUUUUCCCAUUAUUGUCAGGUUUAAUAAUGCUAACCCAUCUUUUAUAUUAUUAUUAUUAUAUUCCUUUUAAUACAUACUGUCCUGAAAGAGGUGAAUGGUGCCAAACUCAAAUAAUUAAAUCACUACCGUUUACAAAAAUAUCAUUUUACAAUUUUAUACAAUUACAUUAUUGGAAUGUCGGAUUUUUAAAAUAUUGGACAUUGAACAAUAUACCAAAUUUUCUAUUUGCAAUUCCUAAUAUAAUUGUAUUAAGUUAUAGUACAAUUUAUUUCACAAAAAUUUAUCCAUUAGUGAAUUUAACACCAUUAGUUUGGAUUACUAGAACGUUAGUAAUAUUAUUAUUGUUCUUUGCCCACACACAAAUUAUCAAUAGGGUUUCAUCAUUCAUACCACUACAUCUAUGGUAUUUAGCAGAUCGAUUAGUCAAAAACACAAUAAUUAAGAAAGAUGAUAAUGAAGAAUUAAAAGGUGAUGAUAAAAUUGUUAAAAUAUAUAUAUAUUGGUUGAUAAUAUGGAUACCUUUACAAACUAUACUGUUUGCAUGUUUUUUACCACCAGCAUAA